AUGGCUGAAGCAUUCAACGGCCAAGUCCUCAUGGACCAGCCCGCUGGCACCGGCAAUCGACCGUACGCCGCCGAGUCCUGGCUCGAGCCAUGGCUCAUCAAGCACUCUGAGUUCUACCGCAAGCACUUCACCCGCGACGGCCGCCGCGAAAGCAAGUCCACCAGACGACACAGCAUUGUCACUGAGGGUCUCGAGUCGAGGAAGAAUUCAAUCGCCAUACCCGAGGCAGCCUCUGGCCAUGGAAGUGAGCCUACCGCCGCCACCCCUGUUCCUGUUGAGCAACCGAGAACAAGUACUGAGGCUGAGGCUGCCGCUGUUGAGCACCCCGAGGCUCUCAACAAGAAAGAUCGAGUCAGCGCCUGGCGCCGCAGCAUUGGUUGGCUCCCUCACCCAUAG